AUGUUAUGGACAUUGGGAACACUUCUGAUUACUAUCGCUGCAUUAAACCCAGACCAAAUCGAUCUAUCCAUCUCCAGGGUUAACAACACAACAUACAGGACUCUUGAAAAGCUUGUUUCGAAAGACUCGUACUCUCUUGUCAAAACCAAAGAUCUUGGUGAGUUUUCUUCUCCAUCAAAAUGCACCCUACUUUCCUGCCUCAUAAAGAAAAGUUCCAUCUUUAACGAAGAGUACAUAAACCUUCUGGAAGUUAAGGAGGCAUAUACAGGUUACAAGACAAAUGACGGAUCUGCAGAAACAUGGAGGAAAAUAUGGGAAAUCUCUGGGGAAGACUCCUUGCUUCCAACCUUGGUAAGCGGGCUUCAAUUUUCGAUAUUCACUCACCUGUCUUCUUUCCACAAGAAGUUCUUUACAGUCUAUUUUCCAAAUCCCGCUCUCUUCCAUAAAAAGUUCCAGGACAAACAUCGUCUAAACUUCUAUCUGACCUAUCUUCUUCUAAGGAAUUGUGUCGGAGGCAUAGAUAUGGACUGCCCGGAAAUGGAUAAAGAUCUCUUGGAUGUAGUCCAAACCAUAAGAGCUCAGGGCUCUACAAAUUGGGUUAGGCAGACUUUGGAUUUGGAGAAAACAAUACAAAGAGUUGACAAAAUGAUCGACCUUUUGAAGAACAUAAACUGUGAAAAAUGCCAGCUGUGGGGUACAAUCCAACUCAAAGGUCUUAGGGCGGCACUGAAGGUGUUUUCCGGAUCCAGCAACCUGGAUAACCUUGAAAGAUUCUUCCUUGCCAAUCUCUUUAUGAGGCUCUCUGUUUCUGUUAGGGAGAACAUUAAGCUUAGAAGAUAUAAGUUUCCUCUUCUUGUAUCAGUCUCUCUUUACUGGAUGGAAAUUCUUUCCUUUGCAACUUCUUUUUUAAUCAUCCUUCUGGUAUCAAGAGUUAGAAACAAGUUCAAGAGUAAAAUUGCUCUCAAGAGCUGUAUGUAA